CUGUUAAGAGCAACCUCUCAAACUAGUGCAAAUGGCUCCCCUUCUUUUGCUCCUCUUUCUCCCCCUUGCCCUGUGUUGCGAAACGGCCCCCAGCACUGAAUGUGAGAAGCUCCCAUUCGUGCCUGGGCAUAAUUUGGUGGGAGAGGGCUUUGACAUCGUGCGAAUGAAGACCACCGGAGCCUUCGUGGUGGAUGUGUGGAACUACAUGUCUGGAAAAGAGCAUGGCAACUGCACCAAGUGUGAAAAUAAACUGCUCAACCAGCAACAGAAGCUGCCUGCUUCAGUAGUUGACUGGCGUAUUAAGGUGCAAUGCCGCCAAAGCCUCAGUGCCAAAGUGUACGAGUCAGCCAGCUCAGUUCUUAAAGACACCACCAAUACAGCCAGUGUCAGCUGGAAGGUGGGGCUGAGUGUGCCAGCAGUGGCAGGCGUGGCUGUAGGUGGCACUCAUUCGAGGUCAGCGAGGUUUGCCAAGAGCCAUGCAUCUCAAGACAAGUACUCCUACACAAGCCAUACCAUCUCCUGUCGCUAUUACUCAUUUCGUCUUCAUGCUCUUCCUCCAUUGACCAAAGAAUUUAGCAGUUCCCUCCGAGCCCUUCCUGUUCAAUUUAACAGCAAGUCAGAGGCAGCGUACAACCAUUUUAUCUCUAUCUACGGAACGCACUUUUUGCGAAGGGUCGACCUGGGCGGUCGAGUACACACAACCACUGCAAUUCAGACCUGCAAGGUUGCCAUGACUGGUCUUUCAGUGCAAGAUGUGAGUAACUGCUUAUCGGCAGAGGCGUCUGGCAUCAUCAAAGGCGUGAAGGUGAGCGGACAAUCAAGCUACUGUAAUGGCAAAAAACAAAAACUAGAGAGGGGAAAAAGCUUCAGCGCCGCCUUCUCUGACCGCGAUACUGAAAUAUUGGGGGGUAACGGUGAGCAGCAAGACAUCCUCUUUAAUCCAAGCAACCAGAGUGGUUAUGGCGUUUGGCUCAAGUCCUUGAAGAAGAUCCCUGGAGUUGUGUCCUACACCUUGAGCUCACUGCAUAUGUUGAUGCAAAAUGACUCGGCCAGAAAAGCUAGUCUACGGGCUGCCAUCAGCAACUACAUCACCAAAAGUGCCAUAUCAGUUGCUUGCCCCUCCAGUUGCAAGGUGGGUCACCGUAAACCUAACUGUGCAUGUAAAUGCAGUGGUCAUAGUAAUGUGGAUGGUAACUGCUGCUCAACCAAGUCAGGAGUGGCAACUUUGAACGUGAUAGUAGUGAGUGCGUCAGGAUUGUGGGGAGACUACUUCUCUAAAACGGAUGGUUAUGUAAAAGUUAUCUAUAAAAAUAAUCCACAUGAAAGCCCUGUGAUUUGGAACAACAACUUUCCUCAGUGGAACUACCAUGUUCAACUUGGAGACGUGGAUCUGAUGAUGAAAACGCCAUUGGUAUUUGAGGUGUGGGACCGUGACAACCGCUGGGAUGAUGAUCUGUUGGGAAAGGGUUCUAUAGUCCCGGUGCAAGGAAACAAUGUACAGAAAACUAUUGGACUUAAGCACGGCUCUCUUAAAGUGUCCUUCACUGCAAAGUGUGGCCCAAGUCUUACAGGGUCAUACUGUGAGAAAUAUGCUCCGACACCAGAUGGUGACAGUACUUUAACGUAUUACAACCCCAUUGGCAGAGAGCAGCCCAUUUCAUUUCAAUAAUCUAAUGGUUUUGCCACAAAUGCUUCUUUUCUCUAAUAAUACUCUAGAUUAUGCUUUUUUAUUAUUUUUAUUAGAUAAUUAAUGUUUAAAAGUGGCUACUAUCUCAGGACCAUCUCAGCAACUAGUUUUUAAUAAGAUACAUUUCAACUGCUUAUUUUAACACAGUGAUUACAGGAUUACUUUCAAUA